GGCCUGGCCAGCUGGACCGACGCACCAUGAGACUGCUGAUCUUCCUGGGCCUGCUGUGUGGCACAGCGGCUCCACCCCCGGCCCCGCGGUGGCCAAAACCCGUGUUUGGGCGCCUGGCAUCUCCUGGUUUCCCGGGGGAGUACGCCAAUAGGCAGGAGCAGCGCUGGACCCUGACUGCGCCCCCUGGCUACCGCCUGCGCCUCUACUUCACCCACUUCGACCUGGAGCUCUCCUACCUCUGCGAAUAUGACUUUGUCAAGCUGAGCUCAGGGGCCAAGGUGCUUGCCACACUGUGUGGCUGGGAGAGCACAGACACGGAGCAGGCACCCGGCAACACCGUCUUCUACUCGCUACCGGGCUCCAGCCUGGAGGUCACUUUCCGUUCCGACUAUUCCAACGAGAAGCCGUUCACGGGCUUUGAGGCCUUCUACGCAGCAGAGGACAUCGACGAGUGCCAGGUGGCCCCAGGAGAGGCACCCGCCUGUGACCACCACUGCCACAACUACCUGGGUGGCUUCUACUGCUCCUGCCGCCCUGGCUACGUGCUUCACCAGAACAAGCACACCUGCUCAGCCUUGUGCUCAGGCCAAGUUUUCACCAAGCGCUUUGGGGAGCUCAGCAGCCCAGAAUACCCGAAGCCUUACCCCAAACUCUCCAGCUGCACCUACAGAAUCCACCUGGAGGAGGGGUUCAACGUCAUCCUGGAUUUUGUGGAGUCCUUCAACGUGGAGACACACCCGGAAACCCAGUGCCCCUACGACUCCCUCAAGAUUCAGACUGACAAAGAGGAAUAUGGCCCAUUUUGUGGGACAACGUUGCCUCCCAGAAUUGAAUCAAAGAGCAACAUUGUGACCCUCACAUUUGUCAGUGAUCAAUCAGGGGACCACACAGGCUGGAAGAUACACUACACAAGCACAGCUCUGCCGUGCCCUGAUCCGAUAGCACCACCUAAUGGCCACAUUUCACCUAUGCAAGACAGAUACAUCCUGAAAGACCGCUUCUCCAUCUUCUGUGAGACUGGCUAUGAGCUUCUGCAAGGUUACUUGCCCCUGAAAUCAUUUGCUGCAGUCUGUCAGAAAGAUGGAUCUUGGGACCGACCGAUGCCGGAAUGCAGCAUUGUUGACUGCGGCCCUCCUGAUGACCUGCCCAAUGGCCAAGUCGAAUACAUGACAGGUCCGGAAGUGACCACUUACAAAGCUGUGAUUCAGUACAGCUGUAAAGAAAGGUUCUACACAAUGAAAACGAAUGAUGGUAAAUAUGUGUGUGAGGCUGAUGGAUUCUGGACGAGCUCCAAAGGAGGAAAAUCACUCCCAGUCUGUGAGCCUGUUUGUGGUUUAUCAACCCGUACUACAGGAGGUCGUAUAUAUGGAGGGCAAAAUGCAAAGCUUGGUGACUUUCCUUGGCAAGCCCUGCUAUUAGGUGGAACAACAGCAGCAGGUGCACUUCUAUAUGACGACUGGAUUCUAACAGCUGCUCAUGCUGUCUACGGGCAGAAAGACGAUGUGUCUUCCUUGGACAUCAGAAUGGGUGCCCUGAAGAGACUAUCAUCUAAUUAUACACAAGCCCAAGCAGAAGCCAUUUUUAUACAUGAAGGUUACACUCAUGACGCUGAUUUCGACAACGACAUAGCACUGAUUAAACUGAAGAACAAAGUUGUAAUCAAUAGCAACAUCAUGCCUAUUUGUUUGCCAAGAAAAGAAGCGGAAUCCUUCAUGAGGACAAAUGACAUUGGAACCGCAUCUGGAUGGGGAUUAACCCAAAGAGGUUUUCUUGCCAGAAAUCUAAUGUUUGUUGACCUACCAAUUGUUGACCACCAAAAAUGUACUGCUGCAUAUGAAAAGAAGCCCUACCCAGGGGCCAGAGUAACUGAUAACAUGCUAUGUGCUGGCUUAGAAAGUGGGGGCAAGGACAGCUGUAGAGGUGACAGUGGAGGGGCUUUAGUGUUUCUAGAUAAUGAGACACAGAGGUGGUUUGUAGGAGGAAUAGUGUCUUGGGGCUCCCUUAAUUGCGGGGAAGCAAAGCAGUAUGGAGUCUACACAAAAGUCAUGAACUACAUUCCGUGGAUCAAAAACAUAAUUAGUAAGUUUUAAUUUGCAUGUCUUCAAUCAGUAAAUGAUUCCUUAUUUUUUUAAAUAAUCUGUAAAGAUUUUAACAGCAACAGGAGCUGAAAAUCACUAACACAGUUGUCACUUGGCUCAAUCAAAGACAAAAGCCAACUACAGGUGAGACUGCCAUUACAGACACUUCCUGGCUUGCCAGCUUAACUCCACCCCUUUCCCUUUGAUUCAAGGGAAUAUAAGCCAUUACAGUAAUUUUUACCAACCCAAUAUAAACUCAUUACUCAAAUUUGCAUUUAAUUACUUAAAAUUUGAGUAUCUUUUCAUACUGGUCAUUUGCAUUUCUGUCAAUUUGCCUGUUUUUUGGCCUCUGCCUGUUAGCC